UUCUAUCUUCUUUACACUCAAUGAGGAAAAACCCCAUUAAACCCUAAAUUGAUUGAAUUAACUUAGCAGCUCCAAACCAAUGGCUUCGACAGUCUCCAAUGUAUUUCACUUUCCGAACCCGGAAAUUUCACUGAGGAAUAAUAAUCUCAAAGCCCCAAUUUCAAGAUUCUCAUUCUCUCUUGUUAGGUUUCCUAGAACAAUUUCAUGGAAUAGACGGAUGAUUUGUGCUGCUGCGUCAACCGCAGGAAGUUCAAAUUCAGACAGUGAGUUAAAUCCUUAUGAGGUUCUAGGUGUGAGCCCCAUUGCGGGAUUUGAGAUGGUCAAGGCAGCAUAUGCAAAGAAACGCAAAGAAGCUGAGAAAAACAAUGAUGAAGCAACUGCUGCUCGACUUGAGAAGGCAUAUGACAAACUCAUGAUGGAACAAUUAACUAAACGGAAAAAGGGUGUGACAUUUGGUUCCUUUAAGGUUUCGAAGGAGAUCAAAUAUGCUGAUAAGCAACCAAUUGUACCAUGGGGGCCAAGGUACUCCAAGUCAGAUGAUAAAGACAUGCGCAUAAACUUAGCAAUAACUGCAGCAUUUACGGCUUGGAUUGCUAUCAAGCGCCAUGCUGAAUACAAACCUUUGCAAUUUUUAGCUUUUGCAUUUGUUUACCGAAUUUUUGAAAAGUUGAAAAAAUUUGAGCCAGCUGUAUCACCAACAUUUACAGAAGAGGGUGAAGAUGAUGGCCGGGCAGUGCGAAUGGGAAAGCGGAUUCUUCGUUCCCUUGGACUUGUUUUCGGUUGUAUUGCUGUUGCCUCACUGGCAUUCACUGGUAUUUUGAAUUUCAUUGAAUCUACAAACGGUUUCAUACCUGCUUUUCUUUACAAUAAUCAGGAAUUGAUAGUCACAGCUUCAUCUGCAGUCAUGCUCUACAUUAUGGCAUCGUUCUAUCGAUGAUGAAUCCUUAAGAAGCUUUUUAUUGGGGAAUCAAUUGGAUAAUGAGUUUAUAUCGCUGUCAGUUUUGUCAAAUGAAAUUCUAAUUUUGUAAGAUGAAUAUGAUUACCCAAACUUGUUUAUAGCAUUAAUUUUAUUCAUCUGGAGAAUGCAACUCUAUUGUUAGAUUGUUCAUCUUCAGCGGAUUUGCCGUAGGAAUCUUACCAUUGAAUUUUCAGGCA